AAAAAUGAAACACGUCUCAGUUCUGCUCCUGCCCCUCCUUCUGGGGUCAUGCUUGGCUGAAACCUACCAAAACGUGGCCGUUCGUGGGAAAGCAACCCAGUCAAGUCAACUUUUGAACCCACUUGCAUCAGCCAGCAAUGCCAUCGAUGGAAACCGUGACAGUACAUAUAGUGCUGGAUCGUGCACCCAUACUUUAUCACAGACCAACCCCUGGUGGAGGGUGGACCUGCUGGAGCCGUACAUCAUCACCUCCAUCAUCAUCACCAACAGAGGAGACUGCUGUACAGAGAGGAUCAACGGGGCUCAGAUUCACAUUGGCAACUCUUUACGAGACAAUGGUGUUGCAAACCCAAAGGUUGGAGUUAUUUCUGAAAUUCCUGAAGGCAGGUCUUUAAAAUUCACUUUUACCAGAACCGUGGAGGGACGUUAUGUGACCGUGACACUGACUGGUGCAGCAAAAAUCCUCUCACUCUGUGAAGUGGAAGUUUACGGUUACCGUGCCCCUACAGGGGAGAAUUUGGCGCUCCAAGGACAUGCUUCUCAGUCCUCACUAAAUUCUGGAGCUGUUGCAUAUUUCGCCAUAGACGGAAAUAAAGCCAGCCACUGGAACAAGGGCUCCUGUUCUCACACCAUCAGCGAGUACAGCCCCUGGUGGAGACUGGACCUGGGCAAAACCCACAAAGUGUUUUCUGUUAACAUAACCAACUACAGUAACACUCCCACAUGGAUUAAUGGAGCUAACAUACUCAUUGGAGAUUCCCUUGAAAACAAUGGCAACAACAACCCCAGGUGUGCUGUGAUUCAUCCCUUCCCUGGAGGCUUCACUGAAAACUUCACAUGUAACGGGAUGGAAGGUCGCUACGUUAACAUAGUUAUUCCUGGAAGAACAUCGUACCUCGCUUUGUGCGAGGUGGAGUGCAGGUUUGGCGUUAAAAAGCGUGCAGUAACAGACGCUGAGGGGAUGAUGAAACUGACUGUCCUCAUUGUGUUGCUCCUCCUGGAGACACACUCAGCUUACACCCAUGAAAAUGUUGCCUUACGUGGAAAAGCGACUCAUUCAAUCAGCUAUCCACACGAUUUCGGGGCCGCCAACAGUGCUAUCGAUGGAAACCGGGAUUCUGACUUUCACCACGGAUCAUGUACUCACACCGCUGAACAAUCCAACCCCUGGUGGAGGGUGGACCUGCUGGAGUCGUACACCAUCCCCUCCAUCAUCAUCACCAACAGAGGAGACUGUUGUUCAGCAAGACUCAACGGUCUAGAAAUCUACAUCGGCAACUCGUUACAAAACAACGGCCUUGGAAACCCAAAGGUCGGUACAAUUCCUCAUACUGGUUCUGGUCGAUCGCUAACUUUUCGAUUCGACAAUCCUGUGGAGGGACGGUAUGUGACUUUGAAGUUACCCGGUUCAAAAAGGAUCCUUAGCCUUUGCGAAGUGGAAGUCUACGGGUACCAUGCCCCAGCUGGAGAGAACCUGGCACUCCAAGGAAAACCAACAAAGCCCUCAUUGUUCCCAUUUGGCAAUGACAAUAGUGACAUUGAUGGAACUCGUGGAAGCAAAUUGGAAGAAGGCUCCGGUAGUCACGCAGGAGGAGAAAGGAACCCCUGGUGGCGUCUGGCUCUUCGCAAAGCCAACGAAGGGUUUUUCAUUAAGAUGUUCCGUGAUGACGAGCAACCCAGCACGCCGGAUCGUAAACUUCAACUCCAGAAAAAUGAAGAAAAAAAUGUGGCCUUACGUGGCAAAGCAACCCAGUCACAUCGCUAUUUGCACAACUUUGGGGACGCCAGCAGUGCAAUCGAUGGAAACCGUGAGUCUACCUUUCAUGCCGGUUCAUGCACCCACACUAUUGAAAUGGCCAACCCCUGGUGGAGAGUGGACCUGCUGGACCGCUACACUGUCACCUCUGUCGUCAUCACCAACAGAGGAGACUGCUGUGCAGAUAAGAUCAACGGGGCUGAGGUCCACAUUGGUGAUGCUUUAACAGACAAUGGUGUUGCAAACCCGCGGGCUGGUGUCAUUUCUGAGAUCCCUGCAGGGAGCUCAUUCACUCUGCCAGUGAAUGAUCUGGCUGGGCGUUAUGUGACGGUUAAUCUCCCUGGUGCUGACAGAAUUCUGACACUCUGUGAAGUGGAGGUCUACGGGUACCGCGCGCCGACUGGAGUGAACCUUGCACUCAAGGGAAAAGCCACACAGUCAUCAUUUUAUUCAGAAGGCUGGGCAUACUUAGCCAUUGAUGGAAACAAUGGCAACGAUCGGGUGGACGGGUCCUGCACUCACACCAACCCCAAUUUCGCCCCCUGGUGGCGACUGGAUCUGAUCACAACCCAUAAAGUGUUCUCUGUAAAGAUUGUCAACCGCAGAGAUCCUCGGUUCUCACCACGACUGAAUGGAGCUGAGCUCCGCAUCGGAGAUUCUAUUGAAAACAAUGGCAACAACAAUCCCAGAUGUGCUGUGCUUGAGAACAUCCCAGCUGGAGCUACUGUUGAAUUCAAAUGCAAUGGGAUGGAUGGUCGCUAUGUUAACAUAGUGAUCCCUGGAAGGGCGGAGUACCUGACUCUCUGCGAGGUGGAGGUUUAUGGGUCUGUCCUGGAUUAGGAUUGAGAGUUCCUUCUGUUGCACAAGUUGAGCCCAUCCUGUUGUGUGUACUAAAAGCAUUAACGUGUAUAUGAGGCUUCAUUUUGAUUAUUUUGCCUGAAAAACUGCUAAUAAAAUGUUGUGCAUCAUGAUAACAAGAA